UUCGAAUACUGUUUUGUUCGAAGCCAUUUUGUCAAGGAUACGAGGCGUGCGCUGAGGUUGCUUUUGUCGUUUUAUUUGAGCUACUUUGUUAAAUAAUACUCAUAUAAAUAGGCACGGCAUUACAUCGAGGUAUUUCAUCUCCACAAAGUUAUCGUCCUAAUAUCGCAUGUCCUCUAUUCAGAACCUCAAAUCUUUUGAUCCCUUUGCUGAUGCAACCAAGGGUGACGACUUACUCCCGGCAGGGACAGAAGAUAAAAUCCACAUAAGGAUACAGCAACGAAACGGACGCAAGACCCUAACCACUGUUCAAGGGAUCGCGGGCGAUUACGACAAGAAGAAGCUUGUGAAGGCCUUCAAGAAGAAAUUUGCCUGCAAUGGUACUGUGAUUGAGCACCCUGAGUACGGUGAGGUCAUCCAGCUGCAGGGAGACCAGAGAAAAAACAUCUGCCAGUUCCUCAUGGAGAUAGGCAUUGUCAGGGAGGAGCAGUUGAAGGUCCACGGAUUUUAAAGUAAUGCUUUUGCUUCAAGACCAGGACCUCAUCAGCUUUUAGACUUUUCCGUUAUGUAUUGACCAAUAAAGUUCAGCCGCAUGUCUGAUGUAAAACUCUGAGGCAAUAAAAACACAAUGUCACAUUUUUUAAAGUMCAUACCACAAUCUCGGCUCUUAUUCACACCUUAUCCUCCAUCUCUGAUCUGAUUAUAGAAACAUGUACAAUUGUUGAAAAUGUAAAUUAACUCCCAAUGUCCUGUAUGUAUGCAAGAUUAACUUCAGCACACCUAAGCAUGCAGUGUUUGCCCAUUGUGGCCUGUAACAGAUGGGUAUUGGGUCUGACAGGAGUCCAGUGUUGGACUGUAACCUGGCCAAUGUUUUUCUUAACAUAACUGCCCAGUGAAACAUCUGCAUGUAAAAUGGUGCUGUCAGCAAGCGGUCUUAUCAGAGGUGCACAAUUCCACUGAGCCACUUCUUGUCAUCUAUGCAAUAUCCUAGGUUAGAACCGCUGGUUUCAAUUUUAUCAGACCUUCUGCACAGCUGUAGAGUAAUGGAUGGAUACUCUUGGUCAUGUUAUUAGUCAGUCAGAGCUUGAUGUGUUGUCUGCUUUUCUGGAUACCCUGGUUAAACCAGAUUAAACGCUGCAGCGUUAACCAGCCUGUAUUGGGGAAUCUGCAGCAGAACAGAAGGGCCCUAGCUGCACUAUUAAUUUGUACAAAUCCCACAUGUAGCUAGAGCCACAGGGUAAUCAGAUUCUGGGUUCGGUGUACGAACAAGCAAAGGAAAAGUGAGUGACUCGAUCGAUGCCUCCCUGAUGUCUCUUCCAUGGACAAACCUAACAAGUGCAUUGUGUUCAUAUUUGGCCCAAAAAUAAAAUCUGUUUMAACUGUA